AUGGACCCCGAAGAGGCACCCGCCGAAGCAGCCGACCCCCCGACCGUCUGGAGCGUCUACACCCGCCUCCGCGCCGGAUGCUUCUCGGACGCCAUCCUCCUCACGCCCGACGGCCGGUCGUUCCCCGUCCACCGGGCCCUGCUGGCCGCCCUCAGCCCCGUGCUCCGACGGAUGCUCGCGGAGGCCCCCGAAAGGAACGUCCUCCUUCCUGGGAUCGACGCCCCGACGGCCGCGAAGGUCCUGGAUUUCCUUUACACCGGGAAGUGCGACUCGAGCCACGAGGAGGCCUUCGAGUUGCUUCCGGUCGCGAUCCGAUUCGGCGUGGAGGGCUUCGUCGAUCUCCUCGCGGAUCGACUCGCGAAAGGCCUCGACGUGUCGAAUUGCUUCAGGGUGAUGGGGAUCGCGAGGGAACACGGAUGCAAGAAGCUGGAGGAAGAAACUCGUAAAUUCGUGCUGAAUCACUUCCAGGGAGUCGCGUGGGAUAACCCGGACUUCGAGCGACUGUCGGCGUCCGACCUCGAAUCGUUUCUCGGGGACGACCGACUGAACGUCCGAAGCGAAGAGACCGCGUUCCACGCCCUCCUCGCGUGGUUCCACGCCGAUCCCGCGAGCCGUCGGGCGAGUCUUCCGAGGCUCCUCGAGACCGUCCGUUUCCGUCUGCUCAGCUAUCCUUACUUGAAGGAGAUCGUGAUGGAGUGGUUGAAGCGAAUUCCCGAGUGUCGCGCGGCUCUGCGCGCUUCGUCCGUCUGCUUGGCGGCGAUGGAGUCCGGCGAAGAUGCGAGGCAGGACGCGACCUCGCCCCUCGCCCGACCUCGAAUCCCUCGGGAGGUCGUGUUCGCGAUCGGAGGAUGGAGUGCUGGGGCACCCACGAUCGCGUUCGAGUGCUACGACCCGCGGGCGGACGCGUGGUUCGUCUGCUCCUACACGGACAACUGCCCCAGGGCCUAUCACGCCCUGGUCGAGCUCGAUGGUCUCGUCUACGCGCUGGGCGGAUUCGACGGUUACGAGCAGUUCAGCACGAUGAGAUGCUUCGACCCGGUGGAGACGAAGUGGAGCGAGCGGGCCUGCAUGUAUCAGUGCCGAUGCUACGUGAGCGCGUGCGCAUCGGACGGGAAGAUCUACGCGAUCGGGGGAUUCGACGGCCGGGUGCGACUGAACAGCGCGGAACGGUACGACCCCGCGACGAACCAGUGGGAGCGACUCCCGCCGAUGCACCACCGUCGCAGCGACGCCGGCGCGACGUCGACCGCCGGGAAGAUCUACGUCGCCGGAGGAUUCACGGGCGGAGAAAUCCUCCGCAGCGUGGAGCGCCUCCACCCCGAGACCGGCGAGUGGACGCUCCUCCGUCCCAUGAGUCUCGCGAGGUCCGGACUCCGUCUGAGCGCGUACCGCGGCGCCGUUUACGCCCUGGGAGGAUUCGACGGGAUCGUCCGGUCCCCACGUGCCUCCCUUCCUCCUUCAAAAUUAUGCGUGGAGCUUGUUAGCGAGCAGACUGCGAGUGAAUGCAAAACUUAA